GGCGUCACGACUCACGCCGGCCUCCGCGCUACACUACACCGUCCCCGUCUCCCCGAUGAGAGCCGCAGCCACAUCCACAGCCUUCUCCCUCCUCUCGCCCUCCCGCCUCCGGACCACCGCUCCCACCACCACCAGCCUCCCCUACCGCCGUCGCCCCCGCAUCGCCGCGAUGGCCACCGCCGCCUCCUCCUUCCGCCCGGAGGCCGCACGCUCGCCCCCCGCCGUCGAGCCCCCGGCCCCGCCACUCUCCAAGUUCAAGGUGGCGCUGUGCCAGCUCUCUGUGACGGCGGACAAGGCUCGCAACAUCGCGCGCGCCCGCGCCGCCAUCGAGUCCGCCGCGGCCGACGGCGCCAAGCUCGUGCUCCUCCCGGAGAUAUGGAAUGGUCCAUAUUCAAAUGACAGCUUUCCGGAGUAUGCUGAGGACAUUGAGGCUGGUGGCGAUGCAGCUCCUUCAUUUUCAAUGAUGUCUGAUGUUGCUCGCAGCUUGCAAAUUACUCUUGUUGGUGGAUCCAUAUCAGAACGUUCUGGUAACAGCUUGUACAAUACAUGCUGCGUCUUUGGUUCAGAUGGCAAGCUUAAGGGUAAACAUAGAAAGGUCCAUCUCUUUGACAUUGAUAUUCCAGGAAAGAUUACAUUCCAGGAAUCAAAAACCCUUACUGCUGGGCAGGAUCUUACUGUUGUUGACACAGAUGUAGGCCGAAUUGGUAUAGGCAUUUGCUAUGACAUUCGUUUCCAGGAAUUGGCAAUGCUGUAUGCUGCAAGAGGUGCUCAUUUGCUAUGCUAUCCUGGUGCUUUCAACAUGACUACUGGGCCAUUGCACUGGGAGUUGCUUCAACGGGCAAGGGCUGCUGACAACCAGCUUUUUGUGGCAACCUGUGCUCCAGCUCGAGAUACUAGUUCAAGCUAUGUUGCUUGGGGACAUUCCACUCUUGUUGGACCGUUUGGUGAGGUGAUCGACACAACUGAGCAUGACGAAGCAACUAUAAUAGCUGAGAUUGAUUAUUCAUUGAUUGAGCAGAGGAGGCAAUUUCUUCCUCUGCGACAUCAACGACGUGGAGAUCUUUAUCAGCUGGUAGAUGUCCAGGGGUCGGGUUCCAAGUAGACUGCCUGAAUUGCUCGGGUAGGCAUGAUCCAUGAAGCAAGAAUCGCUGAUUGAGAAGGCAGGCUCAUAUGCUUUGAUUCGUGAGAUGUAUGUGCCACAUCUUCAUCUGUAAUUUGCACUCCUGGCACAUGAUGUGUGAAAAGGGGACAAAACCAAUAAGAGACAUGUAACAUGUACAAUUGCCUGAGUUGCGAAAUAAUCAAACCCCUUGGCGGGAACAAAAAUCGAAAACUGGGUUACUUCUCUU